AUGAGCCACAAUAGUGAUGCAAGUGCCAAGAUGUGCCCAUUGAUGCAACAGCAGCAUCAGCAUGAAGCGAGAACCAGUGGAAGAAGUUUAUUCCCUAGCACAGUUUUACAGUGCAGAUCAUACCAGGGAGGACGUCAGGCAGAGAUAUUGUCACUGUUGAUAACCUCAAAUGAAGAGUUCUCAGCAGAGCUUUGUUUCUGCAUAGCAGGGACUUUCCCGAUGCUGUUGCUGUCAAACCUCCUCCUGUGGGAGGGGAUGGCCUCUGCGCCCAUGAAUAUCAGUGACGCUGGCCUUAGUGAAGUGUCCCUCAAAGAUCUGUUGGAAAAUGCCAUUAUACUGGCUGAGAACAUCAGUGAUCUUGCUACAGACAUGCGCCUAGAAUUUUUUGAAGACCUUUUGAAUAUGAUACUCCUUAUACUGCGUGACUGGAAAGACCCUCUGAAACAUCAAGUGACGCAACUCGGUGCUAUGCCAGGAGUCCCUGAUGUUAUCCUAUCAAUGGCCAAGGCCAUUGAGGACCAACACAAAAUCUUUCUAGAGCACAUCAUGAAGAUAGUACCUAAGGUUAAUCCUGCAAUCCAAGAAAAUGAAGACUCUCCAGUCUGGUCACCUCUGGGAUCUUUGCAGACAACUGAUGAAAGAAUUCAAGUUUUUGCUCUUUAUAUGUUUUCGCUCUGCCUGCAACUUGACCUACAAAUAGUUGAAUAUUAUCUCCGUCUCCUGAAAUGUCUGCAUAUAAAUGGUGACAUCUGCUUCUUUCAAUCACGUGGUACACCUUGA